AUGUAGCUCUGUUAGCUCUGUCAUUAAAUUAGUUGGGCAGCGCUGUCACAGCCUGCCGGACACAGACAAAACUCUGGAUACUUGUAAUUUUGUAUGAGAGACCGGCCGGUGGACUAGCAAACCGUGAAUUAACAUUUUUUUGUGCUGACGAUAGCAGAGGAGAUGUGUAAUAAGCUGCAUUGGACACUAAGAACCUACCUGGCUGCCAGUCUGUCAAGUGACAGCUGUCACCGCACCUAGCUGGUGAGCUAAAGGCUAACAAGUGUUUAUUUUCGGGCUUGUUUGGCUCGUUUCACAGUUAAAACCGGCGACUUCCGCAUGGACGUUAUAUCUUACAAUCUCCUCAACAAUAUUUGACUCCGCCUGCUGUUCAAACCAUGAGUUAGCAAAGCAAAACGUCGGCCAGCAGUGUUUUGGAUAUUUUGUGGUCCUGCUAGUUAGCUAGCAUUUAGCUUGACGCUAGCUAGCUGCAUUCAUUCAAUUAUUGAAGAACUGCUACCGCGUUAACACCAGCUCCUCAGCCGUCAGGGGCCGGGGAUAGGACAACAACCACAAUCCUUGUUACGAUACUGACAUAUUUAGGAAUUGGCCGUGCUUUCUGUAACAACUUGAGGACAUGAAGAAAUUUUUUGACUCUCGUCGGGAGCUGGUGAGCUCUGGGCCUGGUUCCGGAGCCGGUGGAGGAGGCGCUGGUUCCGGCGGCGACAGCUUCAUCGGACGGGUCUUCACCAUUGGACGUUAUCAAGUCACCGUCGAGGAAAUUGUCGCUGAAGGAGGUUUUGCCAUUGUUUUUUUGGUGCGGACUCAUCAAGGGCUACGUUGCGCACUGAAAAGGAUGUAUGUCAACAAUGAACAUGAUCUACAGAUCUGCAAACUUGAGAUACAGAUUAUGAGAGAUCUAGUGGGCAACAAAAACAUAGUUGGUUUCCUGGAUUCCAGCAUAACUGCAGUUGGAGCUGGGGAUGUAUGGGAAGUCCUAAUCUUAAUGGACUUCUGUCGAGGUGGACAGGUGGUAAAUCUAAUGAACCAGAGGUUACAGACAGGCUUCACUGAGGUUGAGGUGUUACAGAUCUUUUGUGACACAUGUGAAGCUGUUGCUCGUCUCCACCAGUGCAAGACUCCAAUUAUCCACAGAGACCUCAAGGUGGAAAAUAUUCUUCUCCAUGAUCGGGGACACUAUGUGCUCUGUGACUUUGGAAGUGCUACAAACCGCUUCCAAAACCCACAGACAGAGGGGGUGCCAGUUGUUGAGGAGGAAAUCAAAAAGUACACUACUCUGUCAUACCGCGCUCCAGAAAUGGUCAACCUCUAUGGUGGACAGGUCAUCACAACAAAGGCAGACAUUUGGGCCAUGGGUUGUCUACUCUAUAAGCUGUGCUACUUCACACUUCCUUUUGGGGAGAGCCAAGUGGCAAUCUGUGAUGGCAGCUUCACUAUCCCAGACAAUUCCCGCUAUUCCCAGGACAUGCACUGUCUCAUCAGAUACAUGUUGGAACCUGACCCAGAUAAUAGACCAGACAUCUACCAAGUAUCCUACUUUGCCUUUAAACUGACUCGACGAGAGUGUCCAGUUCCAAAUGUAAAUAAUUCGUCCAUUCCUGCAAAACUUCCUGAGCCUAUCAGAGCCAGCGAAGCAGUGGCCAAAAAGAGUCAAACCAAAGCCAGACUCACAGACCCCGUUCCCACCACUGAAACCUCAAUAGUACCACGACAGCGGCCCAAGGCUGGGCAGGCUCAACCCCAGCCAAUAUCAGGCAUUCUUCCCAUCCAGCCAGCAAUGACCCCACGCAAGAGGCCCAAUGUGACUCCUGGAGCACCGCAGGCCAUAGGUGUUGGUGCCAGUGUCCCACCUUCAGCUGCAGCUGCUGUCCAACCUGCUCAGCAGGCUGUGCCACAGCCAGCUCAGACCACCAACAUGCAGCCGCAGGCUACACCACAGCAUCAGCAGCUCCUCAUGAAGCAGCAGCAAGCUUCACCCUUCUUGAUCCCACAGAGUAACCAGCAGCAUCAACUGACUCAGAGCCUCCAUCACCAACAGCAGCAACAACAAACAGCUUCUCAGGCAUCUACCCUGCUGCAUUCCAAAGUUAAGCCCGUUCCCCCUGUUGUUACCCUGCAACUGCAACACCAGCAGCAGCAUGAAGUGCAUGAAACAGCAGCUCCCCAUCUGACCCCCAUCCCUGAGUCUGCUGUCACUGGUUCUGCAGCUGACCCAGAUGUUGUGACGGCAAGCCGAGGGAUUCACAAAGUCGGCUCCCUGACACCCCCCUCAUCGCCGAAGAUGGCCCCCAAGAGUGGCCAUAGACGCAUCCUGAGCGAUGUCACUCACAGUGCCGUGUUUGGGGUCCCAGUCAGCAAGUCCACCCAGCUACUCCAGGCAGCCGCAGCUGAGGCCAGCCUCAACAAGUCCAAAUCAGCCAGCACUACUCCUUCUGGCUCCCCCUGCUCAUCCCAGCAGAGUGUGUAUCAUCAAGGUGACGGUGAUGCCCCAUCAGCCCUGUCUGCACCCAGCACUCAGCCCAGCUGGAACCCCUUUGGAGAUGAUAAUUUCUCCAAGCUGACAGCAGAGGAGCUGCUCAACAAAGACUUUGCAAAACUAGCUGAGACUGCUGCACAAGGAGAGAAGGCCAUGAGCUCCAGUGAAGAUCUCAUUCCAGGGCUUGAUGCUUUUCCAGCAAAGGCAGAGGUGUGUGUGGAUUCACUGAUUCCUGGUCUGGAAGCCCCCCAAGCCCAGCGACAUGCAGGCCAGCCUGAGCUCGUCUCUGCCAGCAUGCCAGACUCUCUCACUGGGGAGGACUCUCUGCUGGGCUGCGAUCUGUUAUCUCAUACUUCUCCUCAUGCAAACCAGUCUGUUUCUGCUCUCCCUUCUUCCUCCGCCUGCUCCUCUGCUCCUCCUGGCUCUGGUUCUGGAUCCUGUCUGGAGGAGCUGCCGCCUGGUCAGCCAGCCUCUGACUCAGCUUUCCUCAUGUCGUGUGGGGAGAAGGGCAAUGAUGACGAGUUUGACCCUAUUCCUGUGCUCAUCUCCAAAAACUCAAAUCAAGAUGGAAGUAAUGGCUACUCCGUGCUUGGCGAGGGACAAGAGACUGAAAUUCCAGAGGGAGAUUCUCAAACAAAUGAGGGAUGUGUUCACUCCAGUGAUGAAGAUGAGGAAAAAGAAGCCCACAAGGAAGAGCAGCAGAGCAGUGGAGACAUUGAAAGUCACGAAGUGGCCCAUGAUUGCAGCGGCUCCAGACCUCUACUGCUGGACUCAGAGGACGAAGAAGAACAAGGACCUCAGCUGGACAUACCCUCAUCACCUAAUUCCAGCAUAGUACCAACACAACCGUCUACUACCUUCCAGCAACCUGCUCCAAAUGCCUUUGCACAGAAUAAUUCCCAGCAUGCACCUGAGCCAGCAAAGGGGGCAGAAUUUGCUGUAGAUGUCUUCUCAAAAGCCCCCUUUCGUGUUGUUCAAGAAGAAUCAGCAGAUGUGUUUGCCAAUGCUCCAUUUCCACGCACUCACGUUGCAGCUCAGCAGCCAUUCGAUGUAUUCUCACAGGCACCGUUUGGAAAAAGAAAGGAGGCCACAGGAGCGUACCCUGAGCAAGGUGUGUUGGGACAGGUUACCCCACAACCAUUCCGCCCACAAGCUCUGGCCAAAUACUCCCGACACUUUGAGGGACCUGUACCACAGCGGCCCGUAGCAGCUCAAAGAGUAGUGUCUAGUGUGAGCAAGCAAACUGCUGUGGGAUCAGUCCCUGUUGGACCUCUUCACUCAUGGACCUCAGAAGCGAGCACUGUGGACCCCUUCGUCUCUGCACCUUUUCACCUCAAAGCCCCACAAGAGAAGCCCUGAACAUAAAUUCAGGUCAGGGCAGCAGGGUAUCAGCGCCACUGAAUUAUGCAAGCUAUUACAGGCAUACUGCAUGCUGUCAUCAAUGCCGCAGCCGGACUGCAGGCCUGCAUGGAUCUCAUUCUUAACUGGCUCAAAUUAGUUCUGAUAGUGCGAGGUUAUCUUUACACUUGAAUGCUCUGUUAGAGUAAGAAAACUGACAUCAUCACCAGACUCCUUGUCACUUUUUAUUUUCUGUGUCACAUCCUUUUUACCUUCCAAAUCGUUGUUCAUACUUUUUGGUACGAACAUCAACACAAAGACGACAUGGUGGUCAAGCAUAUGAUUGUUUUCUUGCCUACCUCAGUUACUUUUUUUUUUUUUAGCACUAAAAUAUCACUCAGUGAGGGAGUUAUGAUUGUCUGCAGCUUUGGCAGUUUGAAUUGAGCUGUACUGUGAUACUAUGAUCUGAUAACGCCUCAUUGCUAUCAUUCCUCCACUGUAUUAGCUCUCAGAAAGGACUGAUUCAACUUGAAUCACAAGAUCAUGGCUUCACAGAAGCUGGACAAAGGAGAAGACACUGCAUAUAGCACUAAUAUGGAGUAAAACAUAAUCAGUCACAGAUGGCCUAAAUUCUCUCUUCAACAGGAGUUUCAGAGAAAUUCAUCUCUAAUUAUAUAAAACAAAACAUUAAACUGCCUUAUUAUUAUGGGCUUAAAGUCAAUAUUUUUUGGCCCUUCAGUCUGACAGUUUGCAUUUAAGCAGAUGCUGGAUAAUGAUGCAAGUAAUAUUUGAUGAUGAAAAGCCUUUUUUGUUUCAUCCCAGAUGUUUGCAUUUUUGUCAUGUGUAUAACGUUUCUGGUUACUGUCCUGUCUGAUAAGAGUGGAAUAUCAGUGUUUAUUCCAUGUGGCAUACGCACCUUUAUAUAAAUGUUAGGGAUAGAUAAUUCAUUAUAGUAGUUCCUAUGUUAUACACGUAUAGAAGAUUCACCUCUUUUCCUGUUUUCCAGGACAUUAUCUCUUAGGCCUUACACUCUUGCAGUACAUAACUACUCUCACAUCAGACAGGGUGAUUUGUAUCACGCUUGCCUUUAAUUUUGCCCUCCUAAAAAAUUGCUGCAUUUACACUACUGGUGAAGUAUGGACACUACUUCCUAUUUAUUUGAAUGAGAAAUGGUGUCCAAACUUUUUGACUGGUUCUGUACAUCAUUUUAUUGCACUUGCAUUCAGCACCAAGUACAAUCAUAUACAACUUAUUUUCUAUCCACAGUACACAUAAGCACAAAGAUAUUCAUUCAACUCCUUAAUGUAUCUAUAUUGUAGACAUCUCUUUAAACUCCAAAUGUGUAUUAACUGCGAUUCCCAUUGAUGAACAACUGAUGUAACAGCUCCUGCAACUUAAAUAAUGCUUAUCCUGCAGUCACAUUAAUAUCUACAGCACUUAUUUAUGCUUAGCAGUUCCAGUCAGGGAUUGUAAUAGUAGCAUCUUGGAAGCAGGAUCUUGAGUGGUGACUGAUUGAUGACAUUCCUUUACAAUUUAAUCCCAUCACCAUUUGGAAAUAUUUUAUUGUCUCUGUGCUAUAUAAAAUCAUGGAACACUAUUUUGUUCCCGCCAUGGCACUUGGAAGAAAUAUCCAUCCUGUUUCAACCCAAAGUUUAAUUCACAUUUUCUUCUGUUGCAAUGCAAAAUCUUCUGUUUUCUUUUUUGAUUUGUACAAUCUUUUUUUAUAAAUGCUCACUUUUCUCACCCAACUUGUAUAAAUGAAGGUUGCACAUAGUCACUGACACAGAGUCAGGGUUCUCUAAGAAUGUGUUUUGAUUGUAACACAGCUGUAAAAUGUAUUUCGACCAGUGUUGUUUAGAGAGUCCGUGGAGCAUUCAACAGCUGAUACAAUGUUGGAUUAAAAGGCACUCGAAAUACUUGUCAUGCUGCACAGCCUGCCUUUCAAAACUGUUGUAAGUAAAAAAAAAAAUAAUAAUAAUAAUAAUUA